AUGACCUCCCUGCUCGAGCGCAUGAAUAUCUCUGUCCCCGGCGCGUCCGGCCCGACGCGCAACAACAACAAGGGCCGCCGCUCGGGCGCCUCGUCGCCCUACGAGCGCCCACCAAAGGGUGACGUCGAUGGAAAGUGGCAGCACGAUCAAUACAAUGUCAAUAACACACUCCUCGACCGUAUGCAAACCACAACCCCUACCGGCCCUCGCGGCAGCGUACCGAAGACCAACUUUGCACGUGCCGACCGCGCUCUUCGUGAAGCGACUGGCACUUCCUCGCCAUCACUCAGCAUCCGUGGAGCGUCUACGCGCAACGUAGUGGAAGUAUCCGGCCUUGUACCGGGCACCUCGGCCGAAGACGUGCAAGCGAUCUUCAAGCAGUGCGGCAUCAUCACCAACGCCACCAAUAUGCCUGGUCGACGCGACGACGUCACAGUACGCCUGACCUUCAAGGUGGAGAAGGACGCGUUGGAAGCGGUCAAGAAGUUCAAUGGACAAGUCGCGGAUGGAAGGGAGUUGAAGGUGCACAUCGUUGGCGGUGUGAACACCAGUUUGAGUGGAAGGAUGGGAGCUGGCGUAAUUGACGGCGACAGUGUUGAUGCGCUCAUGUCAGGGUCGGGUGGCUCGAAAAUGCGCUCUGACGAGAUCCUCAUGGACGCAGAAGAGCGCGCACGGGCACACAUCUUGACCGCACCGCCCGGCACCGACCCACGCGACUACGAGCCGAGGUCUGGUGGUGGGCGCGGGCGCGCUAGAGGACGUGGUGGUCGUGGCCGUGGCCGCGGCGGCCCGCGCAGGCGAGGUGGCGAUCGUAUGGACAUGGACUAG